UGUUCCAGGCUUCACCGAGCGUUCUCUGCACGUUUUCCAAAAUGGAGGCCGAUUUGUAUGAUGAAUUUGGAAACUACAUUGGCCCUGAACUUGAAAGCGACGAAGAAAGCGAGGAAGAAGAGGAGGCUGAUGAAGAGGACGCCAUAGAAUAUGCAGAAGAUGAUGAAGAUGAACAGAUGGACCAGGACGAAGAGCCUCAAAUGCAAGUCGUUCUUCAUGAGGAUAAAAAGUAUUACCCUACUGCAGAAGAGGUGUUUGGACCAGAGGUCGAGACUGUUGUACAAGAGGAAGAUACACAGCCUCUAACAGAACCUAUAAUCAAACCUGUGGCAAAAAAGAAGUUCUUUCAUGCUGAGCAGGAUCUUCCCACGACAACUUAUGAUGUUGAGUAUUUGGCAGAUUUAAUGGACAACCCAGUUCUCAUCAGAAAUAUUGCUUUGGCGGGGCAUUUACACACAGGGAAGUCUGUUUUUGUGGAUUGCCUCUUUGAACAAACUCACCAGGACAUCCAAGCAAAAGAAGGAACUGACCUUCGCUAUACAGAUACAUUGUUUACUGAGCAAGAGCGAGGUUUGAGUAUAAAGAGUGUUCCAGUAUCUCUCGUUUUGCCAGACACCAAAGGGAAAUCAUUUCUGGUCAACGUUUUUGAUACUCCAGGGCAUGUAAACUUCUCUGAUGAGGUCACGGCGGCAUUGAGACUGUGUGAUGGAGUUAUGAUUUUUAUUGAUGCAUCAGAAGGAGUGAUGUUGAACACAGAGCGACUUCUUAAACAUGCUGUUCAAGAAAGACUUGCAGUAACUAUUUGUAUAAACAAGGUAAGAUCUGGUGUAACUCGCAGCGUACUGUACUUUGAAAGAUCAAUUCACCCACAGCUGGUUACAGUGGCUGUGUUCACCAGUUCUUUCGUCUUUCUUACGUGCAUAUAUAUCUCAGUAGCAAUUUCAAGUCGCGGAAAAUCGAAUUUCAAACACACGUGGAUAAACUUUGUCCGCCAUAUUGCAAAACUUCCUCUAAUGGGGUUGCUCGCUGACCCUGUAUUAUGGGCUCAUGUACUCGAGCAGCCCUGGGAAGAGAAAGAAAUCUUGUUCCAGGCUUCACCGAGCGUUCUCUGCACGUUUUCCAAAAUGGAGGCCGAUUUGUAUGAUGAAUUUGGAAACUACAUUGGCCCUGAACUUGAAAGCGACGAAGAAAGCGAGGAAGAAGAGGAGGCUGAUGAAGAGGACGCCAUAGAAUAUGCAGAAGAUGAUGAAGAUGAACAGAUGGACCAGGACGAAGAGCCUCAAAUGCAAGUCGUUCUUCAUGAGGAUAAAAAGUAUUACCCUACUGCAGAAGAGGUGUUUGGACCAGAGGUCGAGACUGUUGUACAAGAGGAAGAUACACAGCCUCUAACAGAACCUAUAAUCAAACCUGUGGCAAAAAAGAAGUUCUUUCAUGCUGAGCAGGAUCUUCCCACGACAACUUAUGAUGUUGAGUAUUUGGCAGAUUUAAUGGACAACCCAGUUCUCAUCAGAAAUAUUGCUUUGGCGGGGCAUUUACACACAGGGAAGUCUGUUUUUGUGGAUUGCCUCUUUGAACAAACUCACCAGGACAUCCAAGCAAAAGAAGGAACUGACCUUCGCUAUACAGAUACAUUGUUUACUGAGCAAGAGCGAGGUUUGAGUAUAAAGAGUGUUCCAGUAUCUCUCGUUUUGCCAGACACCAAAGGGAAAUCAUUUCUGGUCAACGUUUUUGAUACUCCAGGGCAUGUAAACUUCUCUGAUGAGGUCACGGCGGCAUUGAGACUGUGUGAUGGAGUUAUGAUUUUUAUUGAUGCAUCAGAAGGAGUGAUGUUGAACACAGAGCGACUUCUUAAACAUGCUGUUCAAGAAAGACUUGCAGUAACUAUUUGUAUAAACAAGAUUGACAGAUUGAUUCUGGAGUUGAAGCUUCCUCCUACAGAUGCCUACUACAAACUGAAACACAUUGUGGAUGAAGUCAACGGACUUUUAAGUGUCUACUCUGAUGGAGCUGAUGAUUAUGUCAUGUCACCUUAUCUUGGGAAUGUCUGUUUUGCAAGCUCUGAGUACAGAUUCUGCUUCACGCUUUAUUCUUUUGCCUCUCUGUAUGUCGACAGUUUUGGUGAGUUGUGUAUUGAUCCAAAAGACUUCGCCAAACGCCUGUGGGGCGAUAUGUACUUUAAUUCCAAAUCACGCAAGUUUUCUAAGAAAGCACCCCUAAGUACUUCUCAGAGAAGCUUUGUAGAAUUUAUCUUGGAACCUUUGUACAAGGUCUUUGCACAGGUGGUAGGUGAUGCAGACAGCAGUCUUCCAAAACUUCUAGAUGAACUGGGUAUCCACCUUUCCAAGGCUGAGAUGCAGAUGAACAUCAGGCCUCUUCUAAGUCUUGUUUGUAGAAGAUUCUUUGGAGAUUUUACAGGUACAAAGCAUGCAUCAAACAGUCAUUUCAAAGGAGUAACCACCUUUGAACACGUGAUCCUGGGUACAGGAGAGCUGUAUUUAGACUGUGUCCUGCACGAUUUGAGAAAGAUGUACUCCGAGAUAGAUAUCAAGGUCGCUGAUCCUGUUGUGGCGUUCUGUGAAACAGUGGUGGAGACUUCAUCCUUAAAAUGCUUCGCAGAAACACCAAAUAAGAAGAACAAGGUCACCAUGAUAGCUGAACCUUUGGAGAAAGGCUUAGCUGAGGACAUAGAGAAUGAAAAAGUGUUGAUUACUUGGAACAAAAAGAAGCUGGGAGAAUUCUUUCAAACCAAAUACGACUGGGAUUUGCUGGCUGCACGCUCAAUCUGGGCCUUUGGACCUGAUAACUCAGGACCUAAUAUUCUGGUGGAUGAUACGCUGCCGUCAGAGGUGGACAAGAGUUUGCUUAACACUGUCAAAGACUCCAUUAUUCAAGGUUUCCAAUGGGCGACGAGAGAGGGACCGCUUUGUGACGAACCCAUAAGAAAUGUGAAGUUCAAGAUCUUGGAUGCGGUGAUUGCUGGAGAGCCAAUCCACAGAGGGGGAGGACAAAUCAUUCCAACAGCCCGACGAGUGGCAUACUCAGCUUUUCUGAUGGCCACUCCCCGUCUGAUGGAGCCGUAUUUCUUCGUGGAGGUCCAGGCCCCCGCUGAUUGCGUGUCCUCGGUCUACACGGUGCUUGCUCGCCGAAGAGGUCAUGUCACUCAAGAUGCGCCAGUUCCAGGCUCACCGCUGUACACCGUCAAAGCUUUCAUUCCCGCUAUCGACUCGUUUGGAUUUGAAACUGAUCUGAGAACACACACUCAAGGACAAGCUUUCUGUCUCUCGGUGUUUCAUCACUGGCAGAUUGUCCCUGGUGAUCCGCUGGACAAAAGCAUCAACAUUCGUCCAUUAGAACCACAGCCGGCCACGCAUCUUGCCAGAGAAUUCAUGAUCAAAACAAGGAGAAGGAAGGGUCUGAGCGAGGAUGUCAGCAUCAACAAAUUCUUCGACGAUCCUAUGUUGUUAGAGUUGGCGCGUCAAGAUGUCAUGUUCAACUAUCCAAUGUGAUCUAUAUGUAUUCAUCAGCCUGAAGUUCUCUUAGAAUAACAGGAUAACAACUCCGACAUUUUGAUUAACAAGCCUGAAACGGAUUAUGUGUGUUGGUACAGUACUGCAAUGAGCUCCUCAGACAGGUUGCUUAGUAACAACGAAUCGUCACGGCGACAAGCUGACGUGACAUUUUUUCUGUCUUGCUCUUAGUAUUUUAGUAAUUUUUCAACACCAAUCGGACAACAUUGCAACAUCAUAAGAGCUGUCACCUUGUCUGAACAAAUCUCCAUAGAAAGACCGAAUUUGCACUGUAGAAACUAGCAAAUAAUCUUGGUAGAGAUCGUCUACGUUGGCAGGUCGCUUCUUUGGCUUGUCACGCAACCUUUAAGGAGGAGGGAUUACAUAGCGAGCAAAACGGUGUCCGCCUUGCUUUAAUUCAGAGAAGCAAAACUAGCUUCCUCUGUAUUCUCUCUGUGUGACAUAACCUUCUACAUUCUACCCUCUUUAGUGUGUAAAUACUGCCUUUUUUAACAACUUUAUAUUUCAGUUAUUAAAGGACUCUUUUGACAGACGAGAUAUUAGCAAAA